CUUGGAUUUGAGUUGUAGCAGAAGCGCACCAUUGUCUGCGACAGCUCAGCGUUGACGCCUGUGCCGCGUGAGAAGAUGAACGGCGCAAUGAUUCGCCGGAAAAUUGUAUCAGCGGCGGAGAACGGCGACUCAACCGACAAGCAGGACCAGCUUCUCCUCUCCUUGGCAAUAUGUAACGGCGAAGACAUCGGACCCUUCGUGCGGAAGGUGUUCGCCGCCGGCAAGCCUGAGACGCUGCUCCUGCAACUCAAGCAUUUCUCUAAAUCGAAGGAGUCGGAGAUCGAAGAUGUGUGCCGCGCUCACUACCAGGAUUUUAUUACGGCCGUUGAUGACCUCCGAUCGCUCCUCUCCGACGUCGAUUCGCUCAAAUCCGCACUUUCGAAUUCCAACUCUAAGGUGCAGGACGUCGCCCUUCCCCUCCUCACCUCCCUCGACUCCUUCAUCGAGGCCAGAAACGUGUGUUCCAACAUAACGCUCGCGAUUAAUUCGCUCACAGAGUGCGUUCGGCUCAUGGAGCUUUGCUCACGCGCCAAUUCUCACCUCACCAGCAACAAUUUCUACAUGACUUUGAGGUGUUUGGAUUCGAUUGAAGCGGAUUUUCACGACACAACGCCUUCGUCCACGUUAAGAAGAAUGCUGGAGAAGCAGAUCCCGGCCAUUAGGGCUCACAUAGAGAGACAAGUGAAUAAAGAGUUCGGCGAUUGGUUGGUUGAGAUCCGUACUGAGAGCCGAAAUUUAGGUCAACUCGCCAUUGGACAAGCUUCCGCUGCACGCCAGAGGGAAGAAGACCUGAGGAUUAAACAGCGCCAAGCCGAGGAGCAGAGCAGGCUUAGCUUGAGGGACACUGUUUAUGCUCUAGAAGAAGAAGGCGACGACGAGAUUGACGGAAUUGUUGAUGCUAGUACUGGAGGUAAUGGCAUUAUAGGGGUUGAUUUGACGCCAUUAUAUAGGUCUUAUCAUAUAAAUCAAACUAUGGGGCUUGGGGAUAGGUUUAAAAAGUAUUAUUUCGAGAAUAGGAAGUUGCAGCUAACUUCUGAUUUUCAGGUGUCGUCCAUGACACCUUUCCUCGAGUCGCAUCAGACAUUUUUUGCACAAAUUGCUGGGUUUUUCAUAGUUGAGGAUCGGAUAUUGAGGACUGCCGGAGGGUUGAUAUCAAAGAUGGAAGUUGAGAAUUUGUGGGAUACUGCCGUGAACAAGAUGUGUUCAGUGUUGGAAGAUCAAUUCUCCAGGAUGCAAACAGCAAGUCAUUUGUUGUUGAUUAAGGAUUACGUUAGUUUGCUGGUUGUUACGCUGCGUAGAUUUGGGUAUCCAAUUGAUGCUCUGCUUGAUGUGCUGAGCAAGCACAGGGACAAAUAUCAGGAGUUAUUACUGUCAGAUUGCCGUAAGCAGAUUGCUGAGGCUCUGGCUGCAGAUAAGUUAGAUCAAAUGUAUAUGAAGAAGGAGUACGAAUACUCCAUGAACGUCCUCUCUUUUCAAUUACAAACUUCGAACAUCAUGCCGGCAUUCCCAUAUAUAGCACCAUUUUCAGCUACUGUGCCUGAUUGCUGCAGAAUUGUGAGGUCGUUUAUUGCUGAUACUGUGAGUUUCUUGUCGUAUGGUGGACAGCUUGAAUUUUAUGAUGUGGUUAAGAAGUACUUGGACAGGCUCCUUGUUGAGGUGUUGGAUGAGGCUCUGUUGAAAGUUAUUAACAGUUCGAUCGGUGGAGUUACUCAGGCUAUGCAGAUGGCUGCAAAUAUGGCAGUAUUCGAGCGUGCGUGUGAUUUCUUCUUUCGCCAUGCUGCACAGCUCUCGGGUAUUCCCUUACGGAUAGCAGAGAGGGGUAGGCGACAAUUUCCUCUUACAAAAGCCCGUGAUGCAGCUGAAGAGAAGCUCUCGGGGCUGUUGAAGCAGAAGGUUGAUGGUUUUAUGACGUUGAUUGAGAAUGUGAAUUGGACGGCUGAUGAAGCUCCUCAGGGUGGGAAUGAAUACGUGAACGAGGUUAUUAUAUUCUUGGAAACUCUGGUUUCUACUGCUCAGCAAAUCUUACCGGCUCAAGUGCUGAAGCGUGUCCUCCAAGAUGUUCUUGCCCACAUUUCGCAGAAGAUCAUUGGGGCGAUGCAUUUAGAGUCGGUUAAGAGGUUCACCAUCAAUGCCAUUGUGGGCUUAGAUGUUGAUAUUCGGAUGCUCGAAUCAUUUGCAGAGAAUCAAGCUCCUCUUUUCUCCGAAGCAGAAGCAGUUCAGUUGAAAUCAGCGCUCAUCGAGUCGAGGCAAAUGGUUAAUUUGCUCCUCAGCAAUCAUCCCGAAAACUAUUUGAAUCCGGUUAUCCGAGAGCGGAGUUACAGCGCGCUCGACUACAGGAAAGUUGUUGCUAUUUCUGAGAAGCUAAGGGAUCAAUCCGACAGCUUAUUUGGUUCCUUUGGAACGAGAGGCUCCAGGCAGAAUAAUCCUAAGAAGAAAUCUUUGGACACAUUGAUAAGAAAACUCAAGGACGUGAAUUGAAACUCAGCUGAAACUGCAUUUCACCGCCUUCUUCCUCCUCAUAGUUCCUCUCGCCGCCUCCGUGCCGGAGGUUGUUGCGACCGACGCACCGACGGUGUACCAAAUUCUCCAAAGCUACAGUUUCCCCGUAGGUCUCUUACCCCAGGGCGUGACGUCCUACCAACUGGACGCCGACACAGGGAAGUUCGUCGUUAAUUUGAACGGAACCUGCUCCUUCAGCGUCGCCGGAUAUGACCUCAAGUACAAGACCAAAAUCACUGGAACGAUUUCGAGUGGAAA